ACAAAGAAAAUUCAGUUCAUGUUGGGAAUCGAUCACAGGACAAAUAAAAAAUAAAUAGAAAAAGAUGGGUGUUUUCCGUAGUCUACUGUUUUUCGCGUUGGUCGCUUUGAUGAUCAUUGGAGCACUUGGUAAUGAUUUUAAGGAAUUCAACGACAUGGUAAAAAAAGAAAAUAUCGCAACAUUGGGUAAAGACGGACACAGAUGUGUGGAUGCUGGAAAGUACGACACUGCAGAAUGGUACGCGCGAGUAUUGGAUACAAAAAAUGGUGGAUCUAUUGUGGCUGCGGCAAUAAGAGAUAAAAUACCCAAGGAUUUUGAUUACUUCAAUAACCUGACAAAAGAGUUAUCUGUCCAAAGAUUGAGUGAAGACGGAAACAGAGCUCUGGAUAAUAAACGGUAUGAAACUGCAGAAUACUACGCUAGGGUACUUGAUGAAAAAAAGGACGGAGCAGGUGCGGCUGCGGCAAUAAGAGCCAAAAUACCCAAGUAGAGAUAAUUGGCAGGAAUAGAUGAAAAGGUGGAAAUAUUUCAUACACAAAGUUCAUCUGCAGAAAAAAAUAUCGAAACUUUUGACUUUAGACAUAAAAAGGUGUAAAUUGUAGUACAACUAAAUUUGGUUGAAAUUAUCUAAUCAACCUUUAUGUAAAAUAUCAAAAAAAGGGAAAAUAAAAAUAUAA